UGGGUUGGUGGUGACUGGCUGGGUGGGUCUGGAACUGGCUGCCACCGUGACACGUCUCAGAGCUGCAAGCAGGUACUGCCAGUCAGCUACCAUGGCCUCUCAGCGUCUUGGGCUGGCAGAAGAGUCUGACCCAAACCCCAGGGAGUCUGAGUUGGCUGUGAACCCCUUUGACGGGCUUCCCUUCUCUUCCCGCUACUACGAGCUGCUUGAGCAGCGCCGAGCCUUGCCCAUCUGGGCUGCUCGGUUUAUCUUCUUGGAGCAGUUGGAGAGUAGCCCCAGUGGAGUGGUGCUGGUGUCUGGAGAGCCUGGCUCUGGCAAGAGCACCCAGAUCCCUCAGUGGUGUGCAGAGUUUGCACUGGCCAGGGGGUUCCAGGAAGGCCAAGUAACUGUCACUCAGCCCCACCCUCUGGCAGCCCUGAGCCUGGCCAUGCGGGUUGCCGAUGAGAUGGACAUAACCCUGGGUCAUGAGGUUGGAUACAGCAUUCCCCAGGAGGACUGCACUGGGCCAGACACCCUGCUCAGGUUUUGCUGGGACAGGCUGCUUCUACAGGAGGUGGCCUCAACCCGGGGCACGGGAGCCUGGGGCGUGCUGGUGCUGGAUGAGGCCCAGGAGCGGUCAGUGGCCUCGGAUUUGCUCCAGGGCCUACUGCGAAAUGCCAGGCUGGGAAACCUUCCAGGGGACUCAAGAGUGGUUGUGGUUACUGACCCUGCCCUUGAACCUAAGCUCCAAGCCUUCUGGGGCCAUCCUCCUACUGUGCAUGUACCCAGAGGGCCUGGCGUGUGUCCCACACCUGUAUACAGGGACACUGUCCCUACCGAUCGAGUGGAAGCUGCCUGCCAAGCUGUGCUUGAAUUGUGUACGAAGGAGGCUCCAGGAGAUGUGCUAGUGUACCUGCCCAGUGAGGAGGAAAUUUUGCUGUGCUGUGAAUCCUUGUCCAGGGAGGUGGAGCCCUUGGCUCUCAGAGGUCCUCCACCACGGGUGCUGCCCCUUCACCCAGGACAUGGCCCAGCUGUUCAGGCUGCAUAUGAGGACAUGGACUUGGGUGCCCGAAGGAUCGUGGUCACUCACUGGCUGGCUGACUUCUCCUUCUCCCUCCCUUCCAUCCGACAUGUCAUUGAUUCAGGACUGGAGCUUCGAAGUGUGUACAAUCCUCAGAUCCGAGCAGAAUCCCAAGUGUUGAGACCAAUCAGCAAGUGUCAGGCAGAAGCAAGAAGACUGCGGGCAAGAGGGAUCCCACCAGGGUCCUGCCUCUGCCUGUAUCCUAAGUCCUUCCUAGAACUAGAGGCGCCCCCGCUGCCUGCACCCAGGAUAUGUGAGGAGAAUCUGAGCCCCCUGGUGUUACUUCUAAAGAGGAGACAGAUUGCAGAGCCUGAGUGUCACUUCCUGGACCGGCCUGCUCCAGAAGCACUGAUGCAGGCCCUGGAAGACUUGGACUACCUGGCAGCCCUGGAUGAUGAUGGGAACCUGUCAGACCUGGGAGUCAUCCUAUCAGAGUUCCCCCUGCCCCCUGAGCUGGCCAAAGCCCUGCUGGCCUCCUGCGAGUUUGACUGUGUGGAUGAGAUGCUCACCCUCGCCGCCAUGCUCACUGCUGCUCCCGGGUUCACCCAUCCUCCACUCUCUGCAGAGGAAUCUGCCUUGCGUCGGGCCCUGGAACAUAUGGAUGGUGAUCACAGUUCUCUGAUCCAGGUGUAUGAAGCCUUUAUACAGAGUGGGGCAGACGAGGCUUGGUGCCAGGCCCGGGGGCUCAACUGGGCAGCACUGUGCCACGCCCAGAAACUUCGAGGUGAACUCCUAGAACUCAUGCAACGAAUUGAACUUCCCUUGUCCCAGCCAGCCUUUGGAUCUGAGCAGAAUCGCAGAGACCUUCAGAAAGCGCUGGUGUCAGGAUACUUCCUUAAGGUGGCCCGAGACACAGACGGGACUGGAAAUUACCUGCUCCUGACACAUAAGCAUGUGGCCCAGCUUUCCCCAUACUGCUGCUACCGAAGCCGCAGGUCUCCAGCCAGACCCCCGCCGUGGGUGCUUUACCACAAUUUCUCCAUUUCCAAAGACAACUGCCUUUCCAUUGUUUCUGAGAUUCAGCCACAGAUGCUGGUAGAGUUGGCCCCUCCAUACUUCUUGAGUAACUUGCCUCCCAGUGAGAGCAGAGACCUCUUGAAUCAGCUGAGAGAAGAAAUGGCAGAUUCUUCAAUAGAGAGUGAAUCUCCCCCUACCCAAGAGUUUGGAGAUGCCUGUGUCCUGCAGUGACAUGCCUAAGGAAUGGAACUGAGCUCAUCUGAAGGCAUUAGGUCCUCUCUCAGGCUAGCACCAAGGUAGCCAGCCAAAGGUUAGGAUCAAAUGUAAAUCCUGGAACCUGAGUCUCAAGAAAUGGUGGACUGAGAAUAGAGGAAAUUGGGUAAGCCACAGUAUACAUAAGGUUGGACCCUUUCUUUAGCCUUCUUCUAUUUAUUGGAGAAUGACUGAUAUGCCACCCAAGCCUCCAAUUUAUGCCAAACCUGUCUUUGUGUGCUUCACUUUGAUCUAUAAAAGUUCUUUCUCUAUGGUGCCAAA